CCUGCCAAGAGAUUCUGUGGUUUGGCAGCUGCGAUUCUGUCAGGGUUAGGACUGCCUGUUUCUUGCGUUUCAGAGGCCUUCCUACUUAAGUCUGUGAAUUCUGUUGCACUAGAGAAGCAAGCAAUAAUUUUGUCUCUUACCCUUAGCAAGAAUAGAUUUUGCAAGCAUUUGGAAUCAAAAAGUUAUCCUAAAUAAGGAUGCAACUGAAGCUGUGACUAUGGGCCAAGAGAGGGAGAAACUUCUUCCCCUGUGUAAGAAACUGAGAUGCUAGAUACUUAGAAAGUUUUGAGUGUUUUCCAAUUCCCUUUGAUUCCUCCAGGCGAGGCCUUGAAAGCAACAGUCUAUUCUUUGCCAUCUCCUUGCGCCAGAGAGAAAGCAGCUCCUGUACGGUCAGAUGGGCCUCUGGUGACCUUUGAGGAGGUGUCUGUGCAUUUCACUGCAGAGGAGUGGGCUCUGAUGGAUCCAGGCCAAAGAAGCCUUCACAAGGAAGUCAUGGAGGAUAAUUAUCAAGCUGUGGUCUCUCUGGAGGAUGUUUGUCUGCAGAAAAGACCUGAGAAAGAACCACAACAGCUCCAAUUGGAACGGGUACAGCAAAUAAGGAGGAAUAGAACAAGAUGGAAGAGGAGGAAUGAAUCUUCUGCUUCUCAGGGUGCUGAAUCCCAGGACAGCCUGCCAUACUGUGGAAGAAUCACUUGCCCCGUGUGUAGAAAAGAAUUCCUUUACCAAUCACUAUUUGACAUACAUUGGAGAAAACACACAGGGGAGAAACCGUAUCAGUGUGUAGACUGUGGAAAGAGCUUUGCCCAGUGCACAAAUCUUACUGUCCAUCGACGUAUCCAUACAGGUGAGAAACCAUUUAAAUGUAUGGACUGUGGAAAGAGCUAUGCUUGGAGUACGCAACUUUCUGUCCAUCGACGUAUCCAUACCGGGGAGAAACCAUACAAGUGUGAGGACUGUGGAAAGAGCUAUGCUUGGAGUACGCAGCUUACUGUCCAUCGACGUAUCCAUACCGGGGAGAAACCAUAUAAGUGUGAGGACUGUGGAAAGAGCUUUGUUCAGAGUACAGCGCUUACUGUCCAUCGGCGUAUCCAUUCAGGGGAGAAACCAUUUAAAUGUGUGGACUGUGGAAAGAGCUUUGCUCGGAGUACGCAGCUUACUGUCCAUCGACGUAUCCAUACAGGGGAGAAACCAUAUAAAUGUAAGGACUGCGGGAAGAGCUUUGUUCAGAGUACAGCGCUUACUGUCCAUCGACGUAUCCAUUCAGGAGAGAAACCUUUUAAAUGUGUGAACUGUGGAAAGAGCUUUGCUCGGAGUACACAGCUUACUGUCCAUCGACGUAUCCAUUCAGAUGAGAAACCAUAUAAGUGUGAGGACUGUGGAAAGAGCUUUGUUCAGAGUACAGUGCUUACUGUCCAUCGACGUAUCCAUUCAGGGGAGAAACCUUUUAAAUGUGUGGACUGUGGAAAGAGCUUUGCUCGGAAUACGCAGCUUACUGUCCAUCGACGUAUCCACACAGAGGAGAAACCAUAUAAAUGUGUAGACUGUGGAAAAAGCUUUGCUCGGAGUACAGAGCUUACUGAGCAUCGACAUAUCCAUACAGGUGAAAAACCAUAUAAAUGCAUAGACUGUGGAAAGAGCUUUGCUCACAGUGUGCAUCUUACUGGUCAUCAACGUAUCCAUACAGGGGAGAAACCAUUUAAAUGUGAGGACUGUGGAAGGAGCUUUGCUCAGAGUACGUAUCUUACUCUCCAUCGACGUAUCCACUCAGGGGAGAAACCUUUUAAAUGUGAGGACUGUGGAAAGAGCUUUGCUCGGAGUACACAGCUUACUGUCCAUCGACGUAUUCAUACAGGUGAAAAACCAUAUAAGUGUGAGGACUGUGGAAAGAGCUUUGCUCAGAGUACGCAGCUUACUGCCCAUCAACCUAUACAUUCAGGGGAGAAGUCUUUUAAAUGUUUAGACUGUGGAAAGAGCUUUGCUCGGAGUGCAAACCUUACUGUCCAUCGACGUAUUCAUACAGGGGAGAAACCAUAUAAGUGUGAGGAUUGUGGAAAGAGCUUUGCUCGGAGAACAGAUUUUAAUGCCCAUCGACGUAUCCAUUCAGGGGAGAAACCAUUUAAAUGCGUGGACUGUGGAAUGUCCUUUACUUGGAGUGCACAGCUUACUCUUCAUCGACAUAUCCAUAAAGGGGAGAAACAAUGUAAGUGUGAGGACUGUGGAAAGAGAAUUGCUCAGAGUACCGAUUUUAAGGUCCAUCAAUGUAUCCAUUCAGGGGACAAGCCAUAUAAUUCUAAUGACUAUGGAAAGAGCUUUGCUCGGAGUACAGAUUUUAACAUCCAUCGACAUAACCAUUCAGGGGAGAAACCAUAUAAAUGUAUGGAGUGUGGAAAGAGCUUUGCUCAGAAUAGGCAUCUUACUGUCCAUCAACAUAUCCAUUCAGGGGAGAAACCAUUUAAAUGUGUGGACUGUGGAAAGAGCUUUGCUCGGAGUACGCAGCUUACUGUUCAUCGACGUAUCCAUACAGGAGAGAAACCAUAUAAAUGUGUAGACUGUGGAAAGACCUUUGCUCAGAGUACACAGCUUACUGUCCAUCGACGUAGCCAUACAGGGGAGAAACCAUUUAAAUGUGAGGACUGUGGAAAGAGUUUCGCUCGGAGUACACAGCUUACUGUCCAUCGACGUAGCCAUACAGGGGAGAAACCAUAUAAAUGUGUAGACUGUGGAAGGAGCUUUGCUCACAGUGCACAACUUACUGUCCAUCGACGUAGCCAUACAGGGGAGAAACCGUAUAAAUGUGUGGACUGUGGAAAGAGCUUUGCUCGAAGUACACAGCUUACUGCCCAUCGACGUAUCCAUACAGGUGAGAAACCAUAUAAAUGUGUGGACUGUGGAAAGAGCUUUGCUCAGAGUGCGUACGUUACUGUCCAUCGACGUAUCCAUACAGGUGAGAAACCAUAUAAAUGUGUGGACUGUGGAAAGAGCUUUGCUCAGAGUGCAUACCUUACUGUCCAUCGACGUAUCCAUACAGGGGAGAAACCAUAUAAAUGUGUGGACUGUGGAAAGAGCUUUGCUCAGAGUACAUACCUUACUGUCCAUCGACGUAUCCAUACUGGGGAGAAACCCUAUAAGUGUGCAGGCUGUGGAAAGCUUUGUUCGGAGUACACAGCUUACUGGCCUUUAGCGAAUCCAUACCAGGGAGAAACAGUAUUAAUGUGCAGACUGUGCAAAGAGCUUUGCUCAGACUUUGAGUCGUAUUGUCCCUCGACAGAUCCACACUGGAGAGAGUCCAUAUACCAAGAGUGUGGAGGAAACUGAUAUCUAAAGAGUUAUGUUGUUUUCUAUCAAAAUAUUCACACUGGAGAAAACAGUCUCUUGAGGUAGUGUGUAGUGCAGCCUUCUUUUAAGUUGGGUGUAUGUGCAAAGGACAAAUGUUAUAUUUCUUUUAUGUUGGAAAUUUUUAAAAUCAUUUUCUAAGUCACCUUUAUCGAUGUGGAAAAGGCAAGUUAUAAAUGCUUUAAUAAAUAAAUUAUUAAAUAAUAAAUAAAUGCUUCCACUGUGGGAACAGCUUCAGCCACAACCCCUCUAUCACCAGGUGUCAUGAAGUAUAUGCAGGGGAGCAAGCUUGCUUCCUGUCAGAGGUGUCAGAAGAAAAGUAAACUAGAAAUUUUAGUGUCUAGUGUUACCAUUUCAUGGAAACCUUGCGACUUGACUGCUGUAAUGCACUGUACAUAGAUCUCCCUUCUAACUUAACUCAGAGACUCCAGUUGGUGCAAGAUGAGCAGGAGCAUCAAUAUUUCUCCCAUUGUGCUGUGACUCCAUUGGCUACGUCUCAGUUCCCAGGCUCAAAGGUUUUGACUAUUGCAUACAAAGCUCUUCAUGAACUUGGCCAAUCAUAUCUACGGGAACACCUCUCUCCCCGUUUCUAACUUGGCAGCUUUGGUCAUCUGUACGGGGCCUUCUUGCAGGUGCCACCUUGCGCAUGGACAAAAUCAGCAGCUGGCUGUACACAUGCAUUCUCUGUGAUGACCCCCACUUUAUGGAAUGAACUACCUGAAGAGGUCAAGAAAAGCACCCACUUUCCUGCUUUCUACAAACAAUGCAAAGCUGAAUUAUUCAAGAGGGCUUUUUAAAUCAGAUAUAAGGGCUGUAACAUAAGGAAGCGCCGUCAAAGAAAUAUGUCUGUAAAGGUAUCCUACUACAUAAUUCCCUUAACGAGUUUCGGACGACUCAUCCCGAUUCCCAGAGCGCGGGCACAUGAGUGCGCCCCUAGUGGGGAUAAGGGGGAGUGUUCUGGCUGCACUCUAUGCCAGGCCCGACCUGGUGCCAAUGAGGCUGGAACAGCCACUUCUGGGACUAGGCGCAAGAGGCUUCCUGCCGCUGCUCCCCCCCCCCCCCGGGGUCAGCAGCUGCACCCAGAGCCGAAGCUGGGUGCCCUCUCAGUGGCUCUGGGUGGAGGUGGUGCAGCACUCUCCCGCGUGGAAGGAGCUGCCGGCUCAGGGGCUCAAAGGUGCACUGAGAAGCACCCUGAGGCAGCCCCUGACCUCAGAGAAAGCGGGCACGGGAGAAGUCCUAGCAGCUGGCCAGCCAGGCAGGCAGACACCCAACUUGCUCUGCUGCCUCCUGGCCGCUCAAGCAAGGCAGACACCACAUGGCCCUCUCUAUCUCUCUUUCUCUAUUUUGUGCAUGUGCGUGCACCCUCUCCGGCCACCGGCCCACCCGCUGUUGUCCUGGCAGCUACUCCCCUAGCAGAGUCUGGUGGAGCUCGGGGAGAGCCUGGCCUGCCAAAGGACAGCGCAGGCAGGUGGGCUGGCUAAGGGCUCCUCCUGUGCCAGGGACAGCCGGCCCACUGAGCUACGGCAAGGAGGAGCCCAGCCGGGGUCCCGUGAGGCUAUGCUGCUCCCCACCCCCCGCCUGGCUGGGGUUCCAAAGGUGGCAGGAGGCAAGCUUCUGGGUUGCCAGCUCCAGGUGGGGAACUUCUGGGGGAUGUGGGGAGGAGCCUGGAGAGGGUGGCAAUGGAGUCCACUCUCCAAAGCAGCCCUCCAGGGGAAGGGAUCUCUGUCAGCCGGAGACCAUUUUAACUCCAGGAGAUCUCCAGUCACCACCUUGAGGUUGGGAAGUAGGGUUGCCAGCUGCAGGGGCUGAAAUGGGUGGCUGCUGGGUGCACAAGUUCACCAGGGUGCCUGGCACUGCCCCCCAACACUCCCCCCUGUGGUUGCCCAUCUGGCUGCAACAGGCGCUGGGGUGGGGGCAAUACAAUGCUCGGCUGCCCUGCCCUCCCUCUUCCCUAAUCAGGAUGCUGGGGAGGUGGGAAACCCGGCCCAGCUACUCUGCCUCCCCCUUCCUGAUUGGGGCGCUGGGGAGGAGGCAAUGCCAGCCGUGGCUGCCCGCCCCGCCCCCUGACCAGAUUGAGGCAUGGUAGAGGCAGCAAUGCCUGCCCCGCCUGCCCUGCCCUUUCUAGAGCCCGUUGUAUUUUUUCCCCCACAAUGGGCUUUGCUACUAGUAUAAUAAUAAUAAUAACAACAUUCAAUUUGUAUAAUGCCUUUCUAGACAACUUAAUGCCCACUCAGAGUGGUUUACAAAGUAUGCCAUUAUUGAUAUGUCUUUCUUAGAAUUGCAUAUGGUCUAUUUCAGCAUUUCUUCAACUCUGUAGUGUAUUCCUGCUGUUUUAAAUCUUUGCAAAUUUGUAUGUACAACCCCAUUGUUUAUUGAAAUGCCCUUGAAAUUGACUGUAGCGACUCACACUGUGUAAUCUAUUUUGCUUCUCAAUGUACUCCCCACUUUCGAUGGAGUUUGUUUGACCCUUGCAGCCUUGGAUCCAGCGCUACUACUAGAAAAACAAGUUAAGGCAGCCACAAAAAAUGCUUUCUACAACCUCACUCUAGCCUGGAAGAUGGCUUCAUACAUCUGCAAGGCCGACCUGGCCACCUAGACUCAUGCUAUGAUAACAUCAAAACUUAACUAUUGUAAUGAACUAUACAUUGGUCUCCCAUCUAAGUUAACUAGGAGGCUCCAGUUGGUGCAAAAUACUAUGGCUUGACUGUUUUCAGAAGCAAGCGGCAGCAUGAACAUCACUCUCAUCCUACAGUCACUCCAUUGGCUACCUAUUAGUUACCAUUUACAGUUCAAGUAUUGGUUAUUACAUACAAAUCUCUUCACGGCCUUGGCCUGGCAUACCUACAGGACUGCCUCCCUCCGUGGCAGCUUCGAUUAUCUGAACAGGGUCACCUGCAGGUGCCACCCUACACAUGGGUGAAAUCAACAGCAGCCUGCACACGGGCUUUCUCUGCAGUGGUCCCUACCCUGUGGAACUGCCUGCCUGAGGACGUCACUCCCCACUCUCCUGGCUUUCCGCAAACGAUGCAAACUGAAUUAUUCAAAAAGGUUUUUUUACUCAGAUAGGAAGGCUGUAUUGUAGGGAGGGGGUCUCAGAUGCUUCACUAAUGAGUUAGGGACCUUAGACUCAGCACUAUGUUGCCUUACAUAUUUGUCACUUAUAUACCUGUGCUUCAUGUGGUCUAAUGUUAGUCCUAGAAUUGAUUAUGUUGUUUCAGCAUUUCUUCAACUCUGAACUGAAUCCUUGCUAACGCUAUGUCUCUGUAAACUUGUAUUUAUUUACCCUAUGGCAUGGUUUAUGGAAAUGUCCUUGACACUAUAUGGAAAUUUCCUUGAUCAUAUAUAGAAAUGUCCUUGAUACUGAUUGUACUAGUCUCACACUAUGUAAUUCGCCUUGAGUCUAGGUGAGAAAGGCGGACUAUAAAUGACAUAAAUAAAUAGAUAGAUAAAUAAAUAAAUAAAU